GCGAAUGCAUCGUUUCCUGUUGAAAAAGAAUUCGAUAAACAAAAAAGAACUGAUUCUCACAUUACAUUCGGUGAAUGUUUAUGCAAAUCCUAUCAGAGUGGUCAAACAUAUUUUGUAACAGACCUCUUCAAAACAUAGUUGAGAAGUAUGGCUGCUACAAGAGAGAAGAGAAGCAAUGCUGGAAACAAGAUGUCCAGAUUGUUAGAGGCAGAAGAUGAGGAUGAUUUCUAUAAAACUACAUAUGGAGGUUUUAAUGAGGAAGAAGGAGAUAAUGAAUAUGAAUCUGAGAAUUCUGAAUCUGAAGAUACCGACUCUGAUAUCAGUAUUGAUGAGAACGAUGAAGUUAAAAGUGAUGUGGAGGACGAAGAUGGAAAGAGAAAGAAAAAAGGAGUCAACACAAAGGCCUACAAGGAACCAGUAAAAAAGGUUGUAAAGACAGAAAAACCAAAAGAAAAGAAAGCCCCAAAGCCUAAAGUAUCAGCAGUACAAAUUUAUCAUACCCCAGUAAAGAAAACAUUAAGAAAAUCAACAGCAGAUAAAACCAAAGACAGACAAGAUAGAGAGAAGACAAAAGAAGCCAGAGAGAAAAUGUUAAAAGAAAUGGCAGCACAGAAGAACGUAGCAGAAGUAAGAAGAUUGACUCAGGAAGAACUAUUAGAGGAAGCCAAAAUUACAGAGGAAGAAAAUCUACAGUCCUUAGAGGAUUAUAAAAGACUAGAAAUGGAGAAAAAGAAAAACAGAAUCCAGAAACAGAUAAACAAAGGACCAAUGAUUAAAUAUCAGUCGUUUACUAUGCCACUGAUUGAAGAGUUACCCAUGGAAACAGAAAUUAAUGUAGAUGAUAUAAUGGAACCUCAGAAGAAAUCAGAAGAUAUAUGUGAGAUAUCAGAGAAGUGUUCACGGACAUUUAUAACAUUCACAGAUGAUAGAACAUUUAAGGAAUACUUUCCCCAGAAAAAGCCAAAACUUUCACAAAAACAAUAUUGUCCUGUUACGAAACUACCAGCCAAAUAUUUUGAUCCUAUAACGCAGACUCCAUAUGCUACGGCCGAUGCUUUUAGAUUGAUACGGGAAGCAUACGCUCAACAACAGGCAGACAGGAAGCGUAAAUGAUAAAAAUCUAUGUUACAAAUACAGAAUUCAUGAGUGAUUUGUUACCAGUAUGUGUUCAAGAAGAUUCAAGACUUUUAUAGACCUGAUAAAUAAAAGACAAUUUAUUUUGUA